AUGGCGACGUCGGCCCAGAUCAAGCGCUCCUCUUCUCACCUAGAAGCAGCCAAUAAUAAGCGACCAAAACGUCAUUAUCAUCACCACCACCGCCUCGCCGAACCAGUGACUCUGCCGCAAGCCUGCGAGCCCGCCUUGCAAGAUGACGACAAUAUCGACCACAUGAUGAACCGAUCGAUAGGGCAUUAUCUUCGAGAUGCGGGAUUUGAAUUGGCCGAUCCGGCUGCUUUGUCCAGCUUCCGCAGCGCCGCAGAAGAGUAUCUCCUACACAUUUCCAAAUUCGUUCGCCAGUCCAUGCUAUCCUCACGGCGUCUCCAACCAAUUCCGCAAGACUUUGAAUACGCGUUGAAUCAUCAUCGCAUCACUCCCGAUGACCUCCGUCCCUACCUCAAGUUACCUCCAACAGUCACGCCAAUCCCUACCCUCCUUCCGUCUCCACCACCCGAGGAUGAAGUCAAACGGAAACUUCCAUUCUUGAAUGCGCUACGAGGCGAAGAGAGCGAGACCAACCGGUCAUACGUGCCUAAGCACUUCCCCGACUUCCCAAGCAAACAUACCUACUCCUCCACUGCCGUGUUCACCGAGCGCGACAACGACCCGCGCAAGAUCCGUGAGCGUGCCGCAGAAGACGGUCGACAUGGCGAAGAGGCUUUGCGAAAGCUGGCUAGCGCCGCGUAUCGUGACAGUCCGACUGGCGCGAUUGGCCGGGAUAAGAAGCUCUGGGGCCGGCGGAUGGAGAGUAUGGAGACUAUGUUUGAGAAGACGGUGAAGGGACUGGCGAAGAAGGUAACGAAAGACCCGCUCGCCACUACAAGUGCGAAUGCCACGAUCGGUUCUGCCAUGGAGAUUGAUUCAGGCCCGGUCUUGGACGGAGAUGGGAAGGCUCGGGCUAAGGGAUUGUUGAACACGGAGAUGGGGCCCAUUGUCAAUUGCGAGCGAGACUAUUGGCGGCGCACAACGGCGGCCAAUAGACGAGGCGCCGAGGACAAGACGCCGAAGCCGAAUACAGCUGUCGAGGCUGUGGAUGGUCUCGUGGGCAGAUGA